AUGGACGGCCCCCGUUGGACGGAGGAGGUGGACAGCCUCGUCGACGCCGGCGACGUCGACGGCGCCAUCGCCCUGCUCGAGUCCGUCGUCUCCACCUCCGCCGCAGCCGCUCCCCCAGCCGCCGACCUCCGCCUCGCCACGGCGCUCGGCGACCUCGCGGGCCUGCACGCCUCCCGCGGCAACACCCUCCGCGCCGACGAGCUCCGCGCCCGCGCCAUCGUCCUCCGAUCCUGCGCGCCGCAGCCCCCGGGGCUCUAG